AUGACAGAUUCAGCUCUUACCACGUUGACCCUUGAUGGUCUCACAAAGAUCGCAGAAGGGAAAGUUCGCAAUCUUUAUGAGAUUGAUGAGAAGACGCUCCUGUUCGUUGCAUCAGAUCGCAUUUCAGCUUAUGACGUGAUUAUGGAAAAUGGCAUCCCCUACAAGGGCGCGCUUCUCACUCUACUUUCCGCGCAUUGGUUUGAGGUUCUCACAGGUCUAAUCCCUAAUCUCAAAACUCACUUCCUGACUCUCUCGCUCCCCUCCUCUAUCUCCUCAUCCCAACACUCACUUCUCCGAAACCGAUCUAUGCAAGUACGUAAGCUCAAAAUUUUCCCUAUCGAGGCCAUCGUACGUGGUUAUAUUACUGGUUCCGCCUGGAAAGAGUAUCAAAAGUCAUCUACUGUCCACGGCAUUCAAAUACCUGCAGGCUUGCAAAACUCCCAGGCUUUCCCCCAAGGAGCUAUCUAUACACCUUCUACCAAGGCCGAAGCUGGCCAAAAUGAUGAGAACAUCCAUCCUUCAGAGGCAGCCAAGAUUGUAGGUGAGAAGUAUGCGCAGCGCAUCGAAGAUUUGGCAAUCAAGCUAUACACUACUGCUCGGGAUUAUGCUGCAGAACGAGGCAUUAUCAUUGCGGAUACCAAAUUUGAGUUUGGAUUGGACGAGGAAACCGACGAAGUCGUUCUCGUAGAUGAGGUUCUAACGCCCGACUCGAGUAGAUUCUGGCCUGCAUCCAAAUACGAAGUUGGAAAGGAACAAGAAAGCUAUGAUAAACAAUUCUUGAGGAAUUGGUUGACGGCCGAGGGCCUCAAGGGCAAACAGGGAGUUGCAAUGCCAGAGGAUAUCAAGUCGCAAACAGCUGAAAAGUACCGCGAAGCAUUUGAGAAAUUGACCGGCAGAAAAUGGGCAGAUGCUCUCAAGGAAGACGAGUCUAAAUGA